AUGGCCCAAAGUGCCAAUACCGAAGACUAUGCAAAUGGCGCCUGCAUGGAACAACAAUUUCGAGGAGCAGUGGAGCGUGCAGGAGGCGGUCUGGUAUCGUCUUUCGAAAAAUUCAGAAAUGAAGUAGAAUCAUUUUUUAAAGCAAACAUGAAACAGAUGGAACGCAGGAGAGUGACAAUAAAGAAGGCAUUUUUCAAAUUCAUCAAUGAAGCCUUUGCUGACGAUAUUCCCGCCAAAUUAAACACAACUGUCAUGAGCCAUGAAGAAAACUCUGAAGCUGGUGUUCUAAUGGAAGAAUUAGUGAAAUCACAUGGCUACAAAGCAGAAAGUCAUGCAGUGGUGACCACAGACGGCUAUGUAUUGAUUGUUCACAGGAUAUUGCCCGCCACCCUUAAUGAGUCUGCAACAAAAAGUGGUAUAGUGUUGUUGCACCAUGGUCUUUUUGGUAGCUCCGAAGAUUGGGUAUUACUAGGACCAAAGAAAUCCCUUCCCUAUUUACUGGUUAAUGCUCAUUACGAUGUUUGGCUGACUAAUGCAAGAGGAAACAAAUACUCGAAAGCACAUAUGAGUCGGACAAUGACUGAUGAUGAAUUUUGGAACUUUUCCUGGCAUGAGAUUGGGCAGUUUGAUCUAUCAGCAGUAAUUGACUACAUACGAGAACAAAACGAUAAAGAUCAACCUUUGCACUACGUUGGGCAUUCGAUGGGAGCUACAGCACUUUUAGCACUUUUGUCGACUUAUCCUACUUACAACCAGGUCUUAAAAUCGGCUGUUCUGUUAGCUCCUUUAGCAUUCAUGUAUGAAGUGAAAGGACCAAUACGACUUCUCGCUGAAUUUUAUAAUCAAAACACGUUUGUGUCAUUAAAAUUUUUAGGUGCACAUGAUUUCGCACCACUGGAAUACUUUCCAAGGAAUUUCAUUGAAAAAUUUUGCAAAGGUACUAAAAUUAUGUGCUUAAAUCCUUUAUUAUUAUUAGCAAAUGGAGGACGAGAGAUAGCAAAUAAAACUCUAAGACAAAACAUUUUGAAUCGUGUGCCAGCAGGAGGGUCAAUGAAAACUAUAAUUCAUUAUAUCCAGCUUGUGAAAAGUGGUCAAUUCCAAAUGUUUGAUAUGGGUAGAUCGCAGAAUUUGAAAAAGUAUGGGAGAGUGGCGCCUCCAAUAUACCGUUUGAACGAUGUUACAUUACCAGUGGCUAUAUUUUCAUCUUCAGAUGAUUGGUUAUCAACAAUUCCAGAUAUUCAGAGUUUGUUAUCUAAUAUACUGAACCCUGUAAUACACCAUGUAAUCAAAAGACAUGAAUUCAGUCACACCGACUUUGUAUGGGCAGAAGACGCAGAUGUAUUGGUUUAUUACCUUAUUUUAGACGUAUUGAAGCAAAUAACUGAAGGAAGAAAUGAUAAAAAUAUGUAA